GAGUCUCAGCUCUGGGGAGAGCUGGUUUGUCCUGAUGAAGAUGGAGAUCUGCCUGUUCAUCCUCCCUCUCUCAUGCCUGCUUCUCCUCACCACAGCCAACAGAGACCACAUGAGGCUGGUGAAUGGUAGCGGCUGCUGUGCUGGGAGAGUGGAGGUUCUUCAUCAAGGAGAGUGGGGCACAGUGUGUGAUGAUUCCUGGGGUAUGAAGGAUGCUGCAGUGGUGUGUAGGCAGAUGUUCUGUGGAGAUGCUGUAGCAACAUUCCAAAGUGCUUACUUUGGAAGAGGAACAGGGAGGAUCUGGAUGGAUGACGUGGCCUGUAAUGGAUCAGAGUCGACACUGGAGGACUGUAGACACAGAGGAUGGGGAGUUCAUAACUGUGGUCAUGAUGAGGAUGCUGGAGUCGUCUGCUCAGGCAGAAGUGAAAUGAGAAGUUACAUGAGACUGGUGAAUGGUAGCAGCCGCUGUGCUGGGAGAGUGGAAGUUCUUCAUCAAGGAGAGUGGGGCACAGUGUGUGAUGAUUCCUGGGGUAUGGAGAAUGCUGCAGUGGUGUGUAGGCAGAUGUUCUGUGGAGAUGCUGUAGCAGCACGAGGGAGUGCUUACUUUGGAAGAGGAACAGGGAGGAUCUGGAUGGACAACGUGGCCUGUAAUGAGCCAGAGUCGACACUGGAGGAUUGUGGACAUAAUGGAUGGGGAGUUCAUAACUGUGGUCAUGAUGAGGAUGCUGGAGUCGUCUGCUCAGAAAUAAGGUUGGUGAUGACCUCAUCUAGAGGAAACAGAACACUGACAGAAGGGGAUACUGUGAAUCUAAUAUGUGGCACAGAGAGCUGCUUUCUCAACCAAUCAGAUAUUGUCUGGUCAAAGGACAACCAGCCAAUCCCAGCAACACAGACCACACUUCACUUCAAUCCUGCUUGCAAAUAUCACUCUGGAAAAUACUCCUGUGCUUUAAAAGACAAUAAUGAGACUGUGUCUAAAAAAGUUAAUUUAGUUAUUGAAGGUCAGUAGAUCCAUCCUUAUGAUUUCUGUUGUUUUGCUUAAUUCAGCAUUUUACCAAAUCUAAGGCUGAUAAAACAUUUCUUCAUAUUUGUUUCUGGGUCCUAGAGGCAUUCACAGUACAUUAUACAGAGAAAACCCUGUGUGCCUUGAGAGGAUCAACUGUGAUCUUCCAAUGUAAAUAUGAUUAUCCAACGUCAUACAAAGUGGAAUCCAUGAUGUGGAGUGAUAAUACUGAGGACUGUACUGGAAAACCAUUUGUCUGUCACAGUGAUAAUGUAAACAUUAGUGCUGAGUACAGAGACAGAGCAGAGUUCUUGGGGAACAAAGUGAAGAACUGUACAUUAAAGAUAAAAAAUGUUACAAAGACUGAUGCUGGAGUGUAUAGAUUCAGAUUUACAACUAAUGGAUGUGAACAGUGUGGUCAACCUGGAGUGAGUCUUCAAGUAGAUGAAUUAACACUGGUGAUGACCUCAUCUAGAGGAAAUGGUACAUUGAUAGAAGGAGAUUCUGUGAAUCUGACAUGUGGCACAGAGAUCUGCUCUCUCAGCCAAUCACAAUUCACCUGGUUUAAAGACAACCAGCCAAUCUCAGAAACACAAUCCACACUUCAUUUCAAUCCUAUCUCCUACAAUCACUCUGGAACCUAUUCCUGUGCUUUAAAAGGCAGUGAGGAAACUAUGUCUAAAGAAGUACAUUUGUUCAUUUCAGGUAAGUCCACUUUUAUAAAGAAGUUGACUAUUUUUAUUAAGCUAAACCAAAACAUAUAAUUAUAUAUUUCAUAAAGUUCUUUUAUUAUACUGGAAAAGUAUUUUAGUACUGCUUUAACAUGUGUCAACUAAAUUCUUGUGCUUUAAAAUCAGGUUUUUAUUUACUUCUUUUUUCCCCCAAUAUGCUGCAUGACUGCUUAAUUGUUGUAGUAUGUACUGACAGUUUAAGGUAAGUGAAUAAUACUAUACAUGCAUAAAGAUGUAUGGAUAAUAUAGUGUAAAAUAAAGGAAACUUCCAUCCAUUUUCCAAACCGCUUAUCCUUCUGGCUUGUGGGGGGUCCAGAACGCAUCCCAGAAGCUACAUGCACGAGGUGGGGAACAACCCAGGAUGGGGGCCUAGCCCAUCGCGGGGCACAUUCACACACCAUUCACAAUGUAGUAACUGAAAUUAGCCUCAGCAUGCCUUUGGACUGUGGGGGGGAAACGAGAGUGCCCAGAGAAAACCCCCACGGCGACAUGGGGAGAAAAUAAUAAUAAUAUUAACACAUUUUAUGUAUGUAGCACUUUUACAUGAACUCAAACAUGCAAGCUCCACACACACAUAAUCCAGGCAGAGACUCAAACCCUGAUCCUAGAGGUGGAAAGCAACAGCAUUAACCACUGCACCAACAUGAGUUCCCAAGAGGAAACAUCGUUUGUGAUAAUAACAAAGAUAAUUGGUUGGUGAAAAAGAAAUUAGAUUAGAGUUUUGAAGGCAUUACUGAUGCAACUGCUAGAAGUUAUGAGGGUCAUGGACAGUACUACUAUAAGGCUACCCCAUCACUAGUAUCAGGUCCAACAGUGGACAGUAUCACUAUAUGGUUACACCAUCACUGUUCUCAGCUCUAAGAAGAGUGGGCAGUUCUACUGUAUGGUGACACCAUCACUACUUAUCAGCUCUGCAGACAGUGGUCAGUACUACUGUAAGGUUACACCAUCACUACUAUCAGCUCUAUGGACAGUGGUCAUGUUAAAGUUUACACUUCAAAUUUUUACCGGAACAUGCAAAUAUGAACCCCUAGUUUCACUUGUUGUUUUUUACAGGUCAUUUAAAAUCAAAAAUUAUAUUUUCGAUUGUGGGAGUAUUACUCAUUGUGUUAAUAGGAGCUGUUGUGAUUAUUGUUUACAUUAAAAGGUAAGUGCAUUGCCUUUUAAUACCACAAUAUUGGUUUCUAUUACAUUUAUAAUGAAAUCUCUGCUCCUGUGUAUUGCUUGUUUAAUUUGUCUGUUU